CCCCUAUGCUUCCAACCCCCAUCAUCCCCAAUUACUUCUAUCAUACUAGCCAUCAACAUUUGCAUCUAUAUUUUCGAGAGAGAGAGAGAGAAAAAAAUACAAAUGGCUACCAUUACCAACACCAUUCCAACUCAGUACUACGACAGACUCCAAGAAGUUAAGCAGUUCGAUGAAUCAAAAAUUGGGGUCAAAGGCCUCGUUGAUUCGGGCCUUACCACCAUCCCUCGCAUCUUCCACCAGCCGCCCCACAACCUGCCCACCCCAAAACUAAAUGCCCAAAAACCCAAACUCUUAAUCCCAAUCAUUGACCUUUCCGAUCCCCGAUCAACGGUGGUUGACCAGAUCCAUCACUCCGCUUCCAUUCUUGGGUUCUUCCAGGUAAUCAACCAUGGCAUUCCAAUGAAAGUUAUGGAUCAUGUGCUCUCUUCGGUCAAGUCCUUUCAUGAAUUGCCGAAGACCACAAGAAUGCAAUAUUACUGUAGGGAUAUGUCACGUGGUGCAGGUUAUUUUACAAACUCGAAUUUAUAUGAGUCCAAGACCGCACACUGGAAGGACUCUUUACAAGUCCGCCUUAGCCCCACACCUCCGAAAUGGGAGUAUGUUCCAGAGGUGUGCAGGGAAGCAUUGGCGGAGUGGGACUGUGAGGUGGUGAAGUUGGGGAAGGAGUUGAUGGGGAUGCUAAGUGAGGGAUUGGGAUUAGAAAGAGAGAGGUUGAAGGAUAAGUCGUUUAUGGAUUCCAGGAACUUGUUUGGACAUUACUAUCCGUACUGUCCACAACCGGAGUUGACAAUCGGUCUGAAGUGGCAUACAGAUCCCGGACUGUUGACAGUGGUGUUGCAGAAUGAGAUUACUGGGUUACAGGUGAAACAUGGUGAGGAUUGUAUUGAUGUGGAGCCUGUGCCUGGUGGUCUAGCCAUCAACAUAGCAGAUAUGCUUCAGAUCAUGUCCAAUGAUGUAUACAAAAGCGUGGAGCAUCGAGUGUUGGCUAAUCCCUUGCGUGAGCCACGAGUCUCUGUUCCAUAUUUUUUCAGCCCAAGCAAGGCUGACAUGUUGUGCGGACCAUUACCAGAACUGGUCUCACCACAGAAGCCGGCUAUUUACCGGCAAUUCACAUUCUCAGAUUUCAUUCAGAGGUACGUCAUGGGCGAGUUACAGGGCAAGACUGUGAGAAAUUACUUCAAAGGCACUGGACAAGCAGGGAGAAACAUACAGAAGUUGAUCAGACAUACCCUUUUGUAAUUUCUAUUACCAUUUCAGUUUACCCUGUUAUGUUUCCUAGACGGCUAUGCAAAUCUCAAAUAAAGUUUUGAAUUUUACUUGUCCGACUA